AAGGGCUGGGUCGGUGUGGACUGUAACACCGGGCAGUCGGAGCGCCCGCACCUGGGACUCGAUCACACGGGAGAGGGAAAUCAAAUCCUACCGGCGAUGCCAACGUGAGAGCACAUCGUGCCACUCGUCUCGACUUUUGUGAAAAUGUCGGAUGUGACCAAGACGAUCCAGAAAUGGCAUGCGAGUUUUAAGAAAGGCACGGACUUUGAUUCCUGGGGACAGUUAGUGGAAGCAAUUGAUGAAUACCAAAUACUUGCAAGGCAGCUGCAGAAAGAAGUUCAGUCAUCAAAUUCAUCUGAAUUUACAGAGGAUCAAAAGAAAACAUUAGGGAAAUGUGCAACAUGUCUUGAAAUGAGAAGUGCAGCCUUGCAGUGCACACAAUCCAGUGAGGAAUUCAAGCUGGAAGAUUUAAAGAAACUGGAACCCAUCAUAAAGAAUAUUCUUACGUAUAACAAAAGUUUUCCCUUUGAUGUACAACCGGUGCCUUUAAGGAAAAUCCUUGCCCCUGGUGAGGAGGAAAAUUUGGAGGUGGAGGAAGAAGAAGAAGCAGCUGUUGGUGCAGGCUCACCCGAAUCCUUUCCUUCCAGAGUUCCAGCUUUGCAAGGUACAUUGUUGCCAAGGUUACCAUCAGAGCCAGGAAUGACACUUCUCACAAUAAAGAUUGAGAAGAUUGGCCUCAAAGAUGCAGGACAGUGCAUCGAUCCAUACAUUACAGUUAGUGUAAAAGACCUGAACGGCAUGGAUUUGAACCCAGUGCAGGACACCCCUGUGGCCACAAGGAAGGAGGACACAUACAUUCACUUCAGUGUGGAUGUGGAAAUCCAGAAACAUCUCGAGGAAUUAUCAAAAGGGGCAGCUAUUUUCUUUGAGUUUAAACACUACAAACCCAAGAAAAAAUUCACCAGCACAAAAUGUUUUGCUUUCAUGGAAAUGGAUGAAAUAAAACCUGGUCCAAUUGUAAUUGAACUGUACAAGAAGCCAACUGACUUCAAGAGGAAAAAGCUGCAUCUCCUUACAAAGAAACCACUCUAUCUUCAUCUCCAUCAGACUUUGCACAAAGACUAAGCAAGGUCCUAAGGCAGGGCAAGGAGAAAAAUAAAAAACAUUCACACCAUUUUACACAACUCUCAUUCAACCGAUUUGGUGUACCUCCACAGAACUCAGCAAUAUUAAACUCAGAUCAAGUGUAGGGCAUAGUGACACCACCUAUGUUAUAAAAAUGAAAGUGACUUAAUGGCCUCUUAGCCAUGCAAUACCUACCAGCUUUAGAUGGCAAAAUGUUCAAAGUCAUUCAGAUGCAGGGUACUUUAUUUACUUAUUCAUUUUUUUCAGUUUUCUUUUUGUGAAAUGGUAAAAGUUUUGUAACCUGUCAAUCAGGAAGUCAGGAAACCGCAGAAAUGAACGUUGCGGCUACCGGUUUCGCUCUCCCCUACCCUGUAAUCUUUUGUAUGGAACUGGAUUUAUCCCCUCGCAGCGAGAUUUCCAAUAAUGUAACAGCUCACUAACAGGGUUUCUCGUACAGUGGAUGAUCAAAGGGUCUUCUCAUGUCGCUCGCUUUUUUUUUUUUUUCCUUUAAACCUGGAUCUCAAAGAGUGAUUGUUCUGUGGCGGAAAAGUGGAAUCAAGUCCCUGAUACAGACAAGUUUUGGGUCAUCUUGGCAAAAAGGGCUUAAAUAAGGAUGCUGCAUGUACUGCAUGUGGAUUAUUUAUCUUUUUAUGUUGUUGCCACCGAAGCAAUUUGAGUAUACGAAACAUGGCAGUUUUUCCCCUCAGCCAUUGUUCUAAUGUUGUAUUCCUUAAUCUUUGUUUAAGAUGGUUUUAUUUUUUUAAUGUCAGAGAAUGAAGACUAUAGCAGAAUAUACUAAAGAUACACUAAAUUAGUGCAGAUGGAUAUGUGUGCGUGUGUGCAGUUUGUGUGGAUUUACUAUUCAUGACGUUUUUGUGCUUGUUGAUUUGUCAUGAAAUAAUGCAUUGUGUAUUGUUUACCAUCAAAUCACAUAUUUACAGUGCUUUAAGUUCUAAUAAAUAAUACAAGUGCUGCUUAAUAUGUGCCUGGUGUGACAUAGGAAGAGUAAGGUAAUGUACAUCGUGGAGGAUUUCUUGCUGUUCGCUCUAGUUAAUAAGGCGAGAUGAUGGGCAUUCAUUC